UCUAGCUUCCAUCAUUGGUCUUCAGUUUUUUUUUUUCUCCUUCCAGCUUGCUAGAAUCUACCAUGGCAGUGUCGAUGGCUGCUUAUUGGUUAAGUUUGGUUGCUGUGUUAUGGACAGUGAGCACAGGCCAUGCUUUGAGGAGAAUAAGCCUGAAGAAAAUGCCGUCUAUCAGGGAGACACUGCAGGAUAUGGGUGUUUCAGUGGAGCAGGUGUUGACUGAGUUAGCGCAGAUGAGCUCGCAAGACUUCAGCAACGGAACUGCUCCCACUCCCCUGACCAACUAUUUGGACACACAGUACUAUGGAGAGAUCAGUAUUGGGUCUCCAGCGCAGAUGUUUAAUGUUGUAUUCGACACAGGCUCAGCCAACCUGUGGGUUCCCUCGCAAAGCUGCUCCCCUUUUUCCACAGCCUGCUUUACUCACAACAGGUAUGACGCCUCCAUGUCUCGCACUUACAUGGAAAAUGGAACCGGAUUUUCUAUCCAGUACGCCUCAGGGAACGUCAGGGGAUUCCUGAGUGAGGAUGUGGUUGUGGUGGGUGGGAUCCCCGUGGUGCAGGUGUUUGCUGAAGCGACCUCCUUGUCUGCCAUGCCCUUCAUCUUUGCAAAGUUUGAUGGCGUCCUGGGGAUGGGCUACCCGAAUGUUGCCAUCGAUGGUAUCAUUCCAGUUUUUGACCGCAUCAUGUCUCAGCAUGUCCUCAAGGAGGAAGUGUUCUCUGUUUACUACAGCAGGGACUCACAACAUUCACCCGGUGGAGAGCUGGUGCUUGGUGGCACAGACCCAAACUACUACACUGGGAACUUUAAUUAUAUGGACACCAAAGAGAUGGGCAAGUGGGAGCUAGUGAUGAAAGGUGUUUCUGUGGGAACAGAAAUGAUAUUUUGUUCAGAAGGCUGCACAGCUGUUAUCGACACAGGCUCCUCUUACGUCACAGGCCCAGCCUCCUCCGUUUAUGCCCUGAUGAAAAGCAUCGGAGCACAGCUGGAUGAAAGUGGUUACAAGGUUAACUGUGACAGCGUGAAGACUUUGCCAAGUAUUGCUUUUCAUCUCGGUGGCCACGAGUACUCCCUCACUCACGAGGACUAUAUUUUGCAGCAAUCCCAGAUCGAGGGAGAUAUCUGCAUUGUGACCUUCAGGGGCUUGGAUGUGCCACCCCCUACAGGUCCCAUUUGGAUUCUGGGAGCCAACUUCAUCGCCCGCUACUACACAGAAUUCGAUCGUCGCGGGAAUCGAAUAGGCUUUGCUAUAGCAGUUUAACAAGGCUAAAAAGUCAACGCUAUUUUCGACUUCCUGCUGCUGGCCUUUCACUUCGGUGGUUCAAAAAACUGACACGGCCUAUUUAGGAUUCAUCCACCAUCAUGCUUUGCUUCUUUGCAUUUCUGCCGUCUUGUUCUGGAAAGUUUAGCUACACUGACCACCUUCAGUUCCCUAUUUAUAAAGGUGUGAAAGCCAUUGUAAACUGUAUCCGUGUGUCUCACCCGUUUAUGUCAAAAUGAAAUAAAGCGGUUGGCGUUCCGAUGGAUGAAGUUCUCUGUUAAUUUGUUUCAGGAGGUUCUAUAAGUUGAACAAAUAGCUGGUCGACUGUGACUGACACAAUACUGGCUUUAUUUCAGCCAGCAUCUAAUCAGUCUCACAUCUGUGUUUCCAUUGCAUAUCCCUCCAUGCCUGUCCAGAGCUUUGCGCAGCUCAUGAGUACAGUAGAUUUGGCGGACCUGAAAUGAGGAUCAUUUGGGAAAAAAAGCAGAAGUGACUCCAAGAUAAACAA